UCCGUGGUGUCUGGGCAAUGAGAGGAGAAGGUGGAAGGGGGGGGGGGGUACGUAUUUCACAGCCCAAAUAAAGUUGUCACUGUAGAAAUGAGAUGAAAUUCCUGUUCAACCUGGUGAGAUGGAUUGAGUGAGAUUUUCUCACAAGCAGCCACGUUCAAUUCAGUUAAUCCCUAAUUGCUGAGUUCAUUCAUCGACAUAAACGACAUCGCCAUUCAACCGAGUCGCCUUCCUCCUUUUAUGUUUCUGGCUCAUUUGUAUCAUUAACCCUAUAGUUGUAGGAACAUAAUACCGGUGGAGUUCCCUUAUUGCUCUACGGCACUCAGCUGGCCUUCAUGAAUCGGCUGGAGUCGACGCUUGCCCCGUGGCAGAGGGAUGGCCAGUGCCAAGGCCUGCUCGAGUCGCCUACUUACUUCCCGUCGCCACUUUGCUCCGUCCUUGCGUUGAACCAGAAACAGAAGUUGAUGAUUCUCCAUGACAAUUUAACGCAUUCAAGCUCGAGGCCCAACCCUGACACUGACACGGACCCGAUUAGUCAUGGAGGUGGUUUCAUUCCUGAGACUCAGCCAUCAGGAAAUCCAGUAACACCAACACCUGUCACAACUAAUGCCAAAAGAGAGGAGACAAGAUUGGCACCUACUAGCUUUUAUGCCUUGAGGACCCGUACACAAAUCACGCAAAUGAUCCGGGAAUACAAGAAAAUUUCAUACCGAGUCCCCACGGCAGUUUUGGUAGGUUUGCUCAAUGUUCUUAACAUUGUAUCUUCAAUCUUCAUAUCAUGUGCAUUUGUAAUUCAUGUUAAUUUGAGUUUCCAGUGUCAUGACCCUGAUUUUUCAUAAUCAUUGCACUCUUGAUGUUCCAUUCCAAAUGUUACUUAUGUGCCGGUCUAAUAUUCUUAUGUCAUAUAUCUUAUGAGACACACUCAUAAGAGUAGCAAUCUGCAACCUGAUAUAUGUUAGAAUAUUGUAUUGUGUUCCAUGUUUCUUCAGCAGUAAGAAUUUGUUUAUAGAAUAAUAUAUGUUACAUUUCAAAAUGUAUUUGUGAAAGGAAAAUCUUUUUGCUUUGUUGGUGUACUUGUAGUUGUAACUUAAGUCGCAGAACUUGUAUCAUGCAGACUAAAUGCCAGUUCUGAAGUGUUGAAUACAGAUCAUGUUUAGCAAGUGUGGAUGUGCUUGUUAGCCAAAGUGCUCGAGUGACUAAGUAAAAUAUUUCAGUGGUUAAUCUGUUUAUUGCUUUCGAAAUCUAUAUUAGUGACAUUUUAAUUUUUUGUAUUUGAUGGACAAAUUACUUCACGCAUCUUUUGUAUCAUUCAGUCACUUUUCUGUAUGUUCUUUAAAUUACAAGGGGAACUAGAAAAAGGCAAAGGAAAAAGAGUAUAAACGAGAGGGAUGCUCACUUGCAAGCCUAAGUUCGAGCUAUUACUGUUGGAUUUAUGCUGGCAUGAGAUCCUUCUUUAAGGAUAUGCAGUUAUGUGAUGUUGGUGUCAGUCCAAUUUGGGUGAGAAUUUGACUUUGUAAAUAGGUUCUUUUAUUGUUCUGUUCGGUUGAAAGCCCUCUCCCCUCCCCAAAUUAAAUAACAGGAAUAUGUGAAAUCAACUUACACGAAAUUAUGAAUAUUACCUUGCAGAGCUACUUAUUGGCCUCGUAUAUAGGCUAGUGCUGAAAAUUUAGGAAUAGAAGUGGAAAUUUCUAGUCAUACGUAAAACUGAAUUAAGAUUUUAGGUAGGAGGCGAGACGUCCUGUGAACCCAAGAAUGGUAGUUGAAUCCGAUCCUCUUCUGCAUGGCCUGCUGUAGGAGUACAAAAAAGUUUGUUAUAAAGUAUAUGCCACCCUUGUGGAAGAGUUUAUUCCUUUCCUCUUCAGGGAUCAAAGAAACAAUUGUAUUCAAAUCCAUACUUGCGUCGUGAAGA